AUGGGGGCCUUCAUGAGCCCCUUCAACCCACUGGCAGCUCUCAGACUCGCUGGGCCCCUGGGGCCAAUGCUGGUCCAGACGAUUAGGUCGGAUUUUAAGCAGAAAUACGCCUCUCUAUUUGAUGAUAACACCGUGUCCGACUACAUCUACCAUCUCAAUGCACAACAUCCAAGUGGAGAGGCCGCGUUUAAGAGCAUGACUGUUCCGUAUGGUUGGGCGCGGAGGCCGAUGCUACAGAGAAUUGAACAGGUCCAGGCUGACAUUCCCAUUUCCUUCAUCUAUGGUUCUCGCUCAAGCAUCGACAGUGAUUCUGGGUACGCUGUCAAGAGAACCAGGCCAGACGUGGAAAUAAAAGUGAUAAGAGGAGCUGGGCAUUAUGUCUUUGCAGACCAGCCAAAUGACUUCAACCAGACUGUUCUUCAGAUCCUUGCCAGAGCUGAGGACGAGCAAUAA